GGAGGAGCCGGGUCCACUGCCGGGUGGAGGGGCCAGGCGUGUGUCCUUAUCCUAACGAUUGGGGCUCGGGCCUGUAAGCCAGUUGGAGUCGCGGCAGCGAGAACGAGCGGGCCGAGCGAGGAAGACAUGUUGCUCUUCGUGGAGCAGGUAACAUCUAAAGGAACUGGUUUAAAUCCUAAUGCCAAAGUUUGGCAGGAAAUUCCUCCAGGAAAUACUGAUGCCUCUUCAGUAACUCAUGGAACUGAAAGUUCUUGGCCUGAAACAUCAGCCUCAUCAGGUUCUCAUCCUGAGGGCAGUACAGAACUUUCAGAUGAUAUAUGUAAGGAGUAUGAAGUAAUGUAUUCAUCUUGUGAAACCACAAGAAAUGCUACAGGCAUUGAAGAAUCAACUGAUGGAAUGAUUUUAGGGCCAGAAGAUCUGAGUUACCAAAUAUAUGAUGUUUCUGGAGAAAGCAGUUCAGCAAUUUCUACAGAAGACUUAAAAGAAUGUCUGAAGAAACAAUUAGAAUUCUGUUUUUCACGAGAAAAUUUGUCAAAGGAUCUUUACUUGAUCUCUCAAAUGGACAGUGAUCAGUUCAUCCCAAUUUGGACAGUUGCCAACAUGGAAGAAAUUAAAAAGCUGACCACAGACCUGGAUCUAAUUAUUGAAGUAUUAAGAUCCUCUCCUAUGGUACAAGUUGAUGAGAAAGGCGAGAAAGUAAGACCAAGUCAUAAACGUUGUAUUGUUAUUCUUCGAGAGAUUCCUGAGACAACUCCAGUAGAGGAAGUAAAAGCUUUGUUUAAAAGUGAAAACUGUCCUAAGGUAAUAAGUUGUGAGUUUGCCCACAAUAGUAACUGGUAUAUCACGUUCCAGUCAGAUACAGAUGCACAACAGGCUUUUAAAUACUUAAGAGAAGAAGUUAAAACAUUUCAGGGCAAGCCAAUCUUGGCAAGGAUAAAAGCCAUCAAUACAUUUUUUGCAAAGAAUGGUUAUCGCUUAAUGGAUUCAAGUAUGUAUAGUCAGCCCAUUCAAACUCAAGCACAGUAUGCCUCUCCCGUUUUUAUGCAGCCUGUAUAUAAUCCUCACCAUCAGUACUCCGUUUAUAGUAUUGUGCCUCAAUCUUGGUCUCCAAAUCCUGCACCUUACUUUGAGACACCAUUGGCUCCUUUUCCCAAUGGUAGUUUUGUGAAUGGCUUUAAUUCACCAGGAUCUUAUAAAACAAAUACUGCUGUUGUGAAUAUGGGCCGACCAUUCCAAAAAAAUCGUGAUUUUCUCUUGCCAGAUCUCAUUCUGCCAGUUAAUUCUUUUUUGCAAGGAGACCACAUGGGUGUAAAGCCUCAUUUUAGGUCAUCAAGUGGUUCAGAACACUCAACAGAGGGCUCUGUGUCAUUGGGUGAUGGACCGUUAAAUAGAUCUGGUUCAAGGAACUUUGCAGCUGAACGACAUAACCCUUCAGUAACAGUGCAUCAGGAACAAAAUUACCUUCCAAAAGAAACCCCCACUUUGCAAAUGGAGCAGAAUGGGGACUAUAGUAGGGGCAGGAGAACUCUCUUCAGAGGUCGAAGACGACGAGAAGAUGAUAGGAUUCCAAGACCCCAUCCUUCAGCAGCUGAAGCAAAAGCUCCAACACCAAAGUUUGACUUACUAGCCUCCAAUUUUCCUCCUUUACCUGGAAGUUCUUCAAGAACACCAGGUGAACUUGUUUUGGAGAGUAGGAUGUCUGAUGUUGUUAAAGGUGUCUACAAAGAAAAGGAUAAUGAAGAGUUGAGAGUAAGUUGCCCGGUGCCCGCAGAGGACGAACAUGCAGAUUGUGCCUCUGUCCAGCAGCUCAGUUUGAGUUCCAGUCCUCCAUGCACAACUGAGCUUCCUGCAUUAAGUGCAACCCAACAAGAAAAAGAGCUAAUAGAAGAUUCCGCUGUUCAGAAGGAUGUUCUCAACCAGACAGCUAUUCCAGUUUCUCCCCCAAGUACUGUAAAGCCAUCAAGGACAAAUACCACUUCACCAUGUAAUAGUAAUAUAAAUCCAACUGUGGCUGCUGUCCUACAGGAACCUCGGAAGUUAAGUUAUGCGGAAGUGUGCCAGAAACCCCCUAAAGAGCCAUCUCCAACUCUUGUGCAGCCACUACGAGAACUUCGCUCCAAUGUAGUAUCUCCUACCAAAAAUGAAGAGAAUGGAGCUCCUGAGAAGUCCGUUGAAAAACCACAUGAGAAGCCAGAAACAAGGGCUAGUAAGGAAUAUUCUGGCUUUCGAGGCAAUACCAUUCCCAGGGGAGCAGCUGGAAAAAUCAGGGAACAGAGACGUCAGUUUGGCCAUAGGGCUAUACCUCAGGGAGUGACUCGACGUAAUGGCAAAGAGCAGUAUGUGCCACCCAGAUCACCAAAGUAAAAACAAUCGAAAACACAAAAAACAAACAAACAAAAAACUAUUCAAAAACCUUUCUCUCUUCCCAUUAAACUUGAGCCGUGGCUAUAUUGAACUCUUUUGGAGGGGAGUGGGUAGCCAGGAUGGAAACAGGAAAAAUACAUCCUUAUAUCAUUUAUGAAUUUUGGAGUUGUGAGCAGUAAAUCCCCAAAAUUCAUCUCUAAAGUGAUUUUAAAAUGCUGGAGGAUUCCAAUCAGUAUAAAUAUAUAUAUAUACAUAUGUAAACAUAUAUAAAAAUAUAAUUUUUCUAUUUUUGUUUUUUGAUUUUAAUUUGCAGAAAUCUGCUUAUAAUCAAUUUUGAGGGUUCAGAUUUAGCUUGGGGAAAAACAUAUACAUCCUUCAGUAUAGGAGAUGAGGGGGUGAGAGAAAAUAUUUUUUGAAGAAGCAUUUGUGUAAAAUUAGAAAUUACUUUUUUUAAUCUAUUUAAAGUUUGGCUUAGAGAAUGCCAUCUUUGCCUGUAUGGCCUUGGAUUGCGAAGCAGCGCAGUGGCUGGGGUGCCUGUUUGGGGGCGUGUGUGUGCAAGAGUGAGUGAAGCCAAAACUUGUCAUGUUAGUAAAUGAUUUGAAAAUUGAAUGUAAUACUUGAGUAGAUUUUUUUUCCCAGUUUGAAAUUUAGUCUGUCUUCUUGACUUCAUUAAUACUUCAUCAACAAGCUGUUAAACAAUGAUUGUACUUAGAUGUGACUACCAAUCAGUUUGAUACUCAAAGAAUGGGGCUGUUCAACAAACUGUCUUAGGUCUGACCAGAUAGGUUAGGUGAGCCUCAGAGAUUUUAACUGUGCCGUGAUUUUUCUUUUCCUAAAACAGAACAUUUCUUCUGGAUUUUUUUUUCUUUUUUUUUUGGUUUGUUUGGGGUUAGUUUUUGUUUUUGUUUUUGUUUUUCAUUGUCACUCUUAUAUUCUUUCACUACUAUCCCCCAAAACAAAAUAACCAACCGUCUACAGAAUUGUAUGUUUCUUUUUUUCUUUUUCAGAAUUGUAUGUUUCUAACUGCUUUGUCCAGUCUAGUUAAAUCUUACAACUGUUAUAAACUUCUGAAUUGAGAAUAUUUUCUGUUCAUGUGUUUAUAGAGUUUUAAUGGUAGGGCAAACUCACCCUACAGUAAUUUAUUUUGUUAGUAUUAAAAAUGAAACAUUGUAAUUGACUCUUGAAAUGUUAAAUAGUAUAGAAAUAAGAGGGGGAAAAUGGAAGCUGAAUUUGGGGGCACCUUUUUUUUCUGUUUACAAUAUAUGUAUCACCUUCUCAAAAAAAAAAAAGUACAGUUUGUAAUACACAGAACCAGCAUGUCAGGAGAUUUUGAGUUAAGGUGAAAAAGAUAGUUGAAGAAAAUUAAUGCAUAAAUUCUCAAUGAGUAAAGUUGUAAUUCUCAUAUAGACAAGUUUACAUGCUGGUAUUUAGAAAGUGACUAAAAUAUUAAAACCAUGUUGAUGCAUUAAUCUGCUUAUUCAUACCAUUUCAGAGUUCUAUGUACGGUGGAGUUUUGUUCUCUUAUUAGGGAUAGUUUGUAAUAGUAAUAACUGUCCCUUAUGUUAGUAAAUUACAUAUGUACAAUUUGAAACUGUAAAUUGUGAACACUGGAAAGCACCAUUGUGACAUAGAGUAAACAUCCUAGUAAUAUAUUAAAAUGAAUGUAAAUGGAGGUUAAAAUUACAUUACUGUGAAACUCAUCUUCCAACUCUUAAGUUAAGCUUUGGAGAUUUGUAUUAGUAUAUUAUUGUUCAGAGCAUUGAAAACACUGCACAUUUCUGUACAAGCCAGAAUUACUAUUUCUUUGUAACUUAUUAUUCAGCUUGGCAAUUGCUUUUGAUUUGGUGAAUUGAUAACAUGAUAUAAUAUAUUAAGCAGUUUGAAGCUAUUCAUUUAUGCACACUAUUUUUUCAAAUCAUAUACUAGAUGAAACAUACAAUAAAACUACCUGUGCUGAAAUUUGGGGGAAUUUUAGGUCCUUUAAAAAAGAGUAUUAAUAAUCAUUGAACUACAUCUAUGAUAAAAGUGCUUAUUUUGGUUUACUUAGAUAAUGCUGCAGUUGGUAGAAAUGAUAAGCAUUUAAAGUGUUAACACUCUGUGAAUGCAUUGGAUUUAAGAGAAUAAACAUUUUAUAAAAAUCUUUUGGUAAGAAUUAUAAGCUUAAUUGUUGCACUUAAAAUGAAACAUCACCUUUUUUUCCCCCAAUAUGUCACAGAAGUAGGCUUGUAUUGAAUGCUUGUGUGACUUAGUCUACCAAAUUUUAAGAUCAUUAAUGUUCUAACUGAAAGAGAAGUUUUUCUUUUUUGGAGAAAGCAAGUGGGUUCUUGCUUUUUCACCAAAUGUUAUUGAAGUAGAAAAUUAAUUUAAAGACAUGACUUUUUAAUUUCUCAUAAAAUCUAGUAUUGGGUUUGUUUUUUAAUUUAAUUUGCUACAUUACAGUUAAUAGGUCCUAUAUUGAUGGGACAUUUACAGAAGAAUAAAUUAAUGUGUGUGUAUAUAUAUAAUAUAUAUUCACAAUAUGUAUUUAGCAUUUAUUUUAUUACAGCGGAUUUAAGAUUUGUGUCUAAAUGAUGCCUAUGAAUAUGUCACUGUUGGCUUUUUCCCUAGAAUUACUCUGUAACUGAUUUAAGGGUUAGGCAUUCAUUGUAGUUCAGCUAUUUAUUUGGUUCUUUAAAUGGAAUUUUAAUGUCAAAAUUUUAUCUUCAUCCUUAUGACUUAUGACUUAGUACUUUCUUGGAUUGUUGGAACCGAAAAGUAGACGUAAUGGUUGAGUGUAUGGUCCAGUGAUCUUCUGCCAUAGUUCUGACUGCAUGGACAGAGCAAGAGUCACCCAAGUCCACCACCUUGCACUUCAUGGAGCAAGUACAGAGACUGCAAAAUCUGUUUCUUUUUUCUAGCUUGAUAAUUAGGUUUUCAUGAUUUUCUAGGGCCUGUCUGUAAUCUGAGUGAUUUCCUUUUUUUGCAACCAUACAUUGGCAUUCAAAAGAAUGAUCCUGAAUUUUUUUCAAUCAGCUUUUGGAAGAAGAUCAGAUCUCAGUGAUAAGAUUUAUUGUUAUUGUCUUAUGCGUUCAGUUUGCAUGUGAUCAAAUGAUGUGCAAAACAUUAAUUGUAUUUUUGCUUCCUAAAAUGAAAGUAGCUUGAAUAUUGUUUCACAUUCCUUUUUUUUUUUUUUUUUUUUUUUUUUAAAUAAACCAGGUUGGCCUUAGAAUGGGCUUAAUUAUGGAGUGUUAGUGUCUUCACUAAUGCAAAUGAGAACAAAAAUAUUACUGAAGCAAAAAAUAGUAACUGAACAAAUUCUAGUUUUUUUAGUUAUGGUCUUGAUGUUCAAUGUCCACAGAGUAUACUUAGUAACAGUUAUUAAACAGCACUAGAGUUAAGUCUCUAUGUUGGCCAUAUAUUUUAAUCAUUUUUUUUUUAAAUACCACUUUUGUCCUUAUAGGAAAGAUAAAAUGCAAGAGGAUAUUGCAUUCCUUUGGAAGGGUUUUUAUAAAUUAGAUAUAAUGUAUAAUAGGCAUUUUCCUAAUUUUUUAAUAUUUUCUCAUUAUUUCAUGGCCACUAAUUUAACUUUAGGCUUUUUGGUAUAUUCUAAUUAAGCUAGUCUGAGCUUUCAAGAAGAAAUAUAGACAUUUAAGUUUUCAUUAGCUGAAUUAGGACAUUUUUUAAGAAGUUAAAAAGAGAAUUUGUUUUCAAGUUAAAGUAUGCCUAGUUACUUUAUAGUUUAAAGUUUUAAUUUUAAAAAAUUGAAAAUUUUGAAUGAAUCAUUAAGGAAAAAAUUCCGAAAGAACAACUCAGAUAUCAACAGGCUGUGGAUAAAUGGUUAUAUUUCCUAUUUUGCAGCACAGAACACCAAAUAGCAUCUAGGAACAUCCACAUCAAAUUUUUGUUGUUGUUGGAUUAUUUUGUUUUGUUUUUUUGGCCUGGCUCAGGUAUCCCUUGAGUGACUUCUUCUAAAUGUUUGGGACUGGGAUUAAGAACCAAUUUUCUGGCUUCUAUUUUGUCCAUAGCUUAGGUUUGUUCCAGUUGUUAAAACUCCCCCUCCCCCAAAAUAUGGUGUGACACAUACUCAUACAUAUUAUGUUAAAAUGAGUACAUUCUUGUAUUUGUAUUUUUGUUUCAACAUUGCCAAGGUGCUAUGGAAAAUUAAAGUAACACAAAAUUAGAAAAAAUAAAAUAAUUUAAAAGCA